AUGUGCGCGCCGUACACGUGUGGUAUUGUAUUGACGGUGGUUGGCGCCGGUCUUGUUAUUAUUAUUUCAUUAGGUGGUUUCGUAGCGGUGCCUAAAAUUAUUGUCAGUACAAUUACGGAUAAUGUGGCGCUUAUAAAUGGCUCCGAACAAUUUGAAAGAUUUGAAGUAGUCCCUGUUAUUAUGAAUUUUACUGUUCACCUGUUUAAUAUAACCAACCCUGACGAAGUUCUUGAAGGCGGAGUCCCUCGAGUUACUGAAAUUGGACCUUACAUUUACACAAUGGAACAAAAGAGAGUUAUAGAAAGAAUUGAAGAUGACAGGCUGACUUAUCAUAUUUGGAAUUUAAUGCAAUUUGAUCCAGUAGGAUCGUAUCCAAACACAGAAGACGAUUUUAUUACUAUGCCCAACGUGCCGUACCAUGCGGUACUGGGCACGACUGAGGGAGAUUUUCCAUUCCUGAUGGGAAUAAUAAAUUCAGGUGUCGACGGCAUAUUUGGUGAAUAUAACCAACCUAUAGCCACCUUCCGUGUUGGGGAUAUACUUUUUAAAGGAGUCCCAAUAUGUAAGGACCCAGUCGUCGUGAGUGGCGUUGUGUGCACUGUGAUUAGAAGCAUGCUUCCAGACAUACAGAACAUGGUAUUGCAAAACGACGGCUCUAUCCUCUUCUCUCUAUUCGCAUACAAAAACAUGACCGAAAGUUACCGAUACGAAGUUUAUCGAGGAAUAGAAGAUGUUCAUGAUGUAGCGCGUAUCAUCAGAUACAAUAAUUUACCUUUCUUCCAAUAUUGGCUCAACCCUAAUCCCGGAGAAAUCAGCGUGUGCAACAUGAUCAAUGGAACUGACUCUGGCUUAUACAAUCCGUUUAUGACUAAAGAUAAACCCAUCUAUGCAAUUAAUCCUGAUAUUUGCAGAUCUAUCAGAUUAGAUUUCGUGAGGGAAAUGGAAUACGAAGGUGUGCCAGGGUACAGGUACACCGUUGACGAAUCCAUGUAUGCUGAUGACUACGGAUGUUUCUGUCUGAAUAUCACCCAAGGCAUCACCAGAGAAAAUGGCUGUUUGCUUAAAGGAGCUUGCGAGCUUUUCUCGUGCGUAGGUGCAUACCUUGUUUUGACCCAUCCGCACUUCCUCUUUGCUGAUGAAGCAUACCAAAAUGGCGUGAUUGGGAAUAUGCCGGAUCUAGAGAAACAUGUUCCAUUCAUUGAAGUAGAACCGUACACGGGUAUAGUUUUGAGUGGUGGCAAGAGAGCCCAGUUUAACGUCUUCUUAAGACCUAUACGUGGAAUAACAGCGACACAAAACUUCCGAACUGUCUUGACUCCAUUGUUCUGGGUUGAUGAAGGUAUGUCAUUAACAGAAGAGUUUGUGGACCAGAUAAAAGAUGAAUUAUUAUUAGCAUUAAAAUUAAUAGACAUCAUUAUACCUAUAUUACUAUCGGUGUUCAGCAUUAUGUUAGUAGCUGGAAUUAUAAUGAUAACCAGAAGAAAGCUCAACAAUGACAAGCUUGGUGACAAUAUACCGACAUCUUAUAAUAAAUAAGUGUUUCAAACACGUUUCAUUUCAUUAUGCAGCAAUAAUAAUAUAAGCGGUUAUCUGCUUGCCAUCUCAAAUAUUUGAUUGUAAUCAAUUAAAUAUUUGUUCAAAACGGCAGUUUUGUAAAUAGCGACCCAGCUAGGAGAGCCAGAGUGCUCACAUAAAUCGUUCUCACCAUAUAAAUAGACUAAUACA